UUACGUCAUUCACAUCAGACUUCCCUUUGUCUGCCCUGCCACACGUUUGUUCUCUUCGAGUAAACAUAUUGAGCGCGAUAACGCGGGAUCCGAGAUCAGAGGCUGAAGCAAGCUGAAGACUGCUGAAGACUCUGUGAAGAGGCAGUGAGAGGUGCUUGCGUCUCAACGACCAUCAACGACUCGCCAGGGGCAGGAGGAUUAAUUUGGUGGACUGAUCCACUGUUCAUUGGAAACCAAUCGUGUAUUGAGGCGUUUUGUUGACACCGGUAGGUCAAAAAUUUGCUAUAGAGGAAAGGAAGAAGAGAGAUAAAGUAGAUCUUCACGGUAUAAGCGUACCUCGACGAAAUUUCCUUCAUUUCACGUAGAUUUUCAAAAUUGAAUACUAAAAAUGGAGGCAGAUCUCAUAGUGUCCUGUCCCUACAAUCCUGCGCAUCGCAUUCGAAAAUAUAAAUAUAUGUCUCAUAUAUCAAAAUGCAAGAAAACUAGUAAAGUAUCUGACAAGGUAGAGUGUCCGUUGGACAAGACUCACAUAGUAGAUCGUCAUCUUCUUAAGGAGCAUAUUGCGACGUGUUCCAGUCUUGGAAAAUUGAUAAAUGUGGAUCCCGGAUGUGAAAAACCAAAGGUAGAGGAGCCUCCAAUAAUUAUGAACGCAUACGACUCAGCUGAAAAUUGGGAAGAGGAACCAGAAGUCCCGGCUUACGAUCCGAUGGAGGUUUCAUCGAAAAAGCCGGUGCUUCGAUGCGUGUCUGGAUUGACAAAAUCAGAGAGAAGGAAGUUUAGGGAAAGCGAACGAAUGCGUAUAGCAAAUCUCAAAGGAUUUUCUUCUGCGAGCGCAGUCUCAUCUUUAACGAAAGACACGGUUUACGAAGUACCAUUACGUCCUCCUCGUGAUACUUCUUCAUCCUGCGUAUUCUCACCAAAUGAGAGCUUCGAUAAGAGCACGCAAAUGGAUGAUCAUGAUGAUGAUCAUAACACAAAUAUACAAGCUAAGUUUGUUCCUGAAUUUCAUGCUAAUUCACUCCAUAGAAUGUUAUAUGAUGAAUUAGCUCCUGAAGAUGAUGAUAUUGAGCAAUUGGAAAUGGAACAGCCUCCGCGUAAAAAUGUCAUCGGAAUUAAAACGGAAACGAAAAUGUCCUUAAAAGAUUAUCUCCAGCAAAUCAAUAGAGAAAAUGGAAAUUUUUCAAUUUCUAAUCAAAAUCAAGAUACAUCAGUUAAGAAAACAGUUGAGAAAACUGAGGCAGCUGCAACUUUGGAACCGUUUAAUAUUGAUAAAAAAAAGAAAGAAAGAGACGAAUGUAUUGCAAGCACUUCGAGCGUGUCUGGUGAUCGAGUUACUGAUAAACUUCUGGCUUUAUUGAAGAAUGAGUCAAGUGCCAAAAAGGUACAGCCUACGGAGAAGACAACAAUGCUUGAACAAAUGAAAAAAGACCUUGGUGAAAAGGAACCAGCGUUGAAUGAGAUCUUGAGCAAAUUUGAUGAUCAAUUAACUUAUGUAGCUGAGAUACAGAAUGCUGCUGCCGAGGAGAAUGCACGAAUACUCCAGCAAUUGAAAGACCUUAUACUAAGAGCACGUAGAUAUGACACACGUACCACAAUUUUCUCACCGGAAGGGAGACUCUACCAAGUCGAGUACGCCAUGGAGGCUAUAAGCCAUGCCGGCACUUGUCUGGGCAUACUGGCAAACGACGGUAUUCUACUGGCGGCUGAGAAACGCAACACCAACAAGUUACUGGACGAGGUGUUUUUCUCCGAAAAGAUCUACAAGUUGAACGACGACAUAGUUUGUUCGGUGGCUGGCAUAACUUCGGACGCGAAUGUCCUGACGAACGAGCUGCGCCUCAUCGCGCAGAGAUACCUUCUUCAGUACGGCGAAGCUAUACCCUGCGAGCAGCUCGUCUCGUGGCUAUGCGACGUUAAACAGGCGUAUACCCAAUACGGUGGGAAGAGACCCUUUGGCGUAUCUAUCUUGUACAUGGGAUGGGACAAACAUUACGGCUAUCAGUUGUAUCAGUCGGAUCCCAGCGGGAACUACGGCGGUUGGAAGGCGACGUGUAUCGGCAAUAAUUCGGCAGCGGCGGUAUCGUCCUUGAAGCAGGAAUAUAAAGAGGGCGAGACCACCCUGAAAGACGCAAUGUCGCUCGCUAUCAAAGUGCUCUCCAAAACUCUAGACAUGAACAAGCUCUCUGCCGAAAAGGUGGAAAUGGCGAUAUUGACGCGCGAAGAUGGUAAGACAAAGACGAAAAUACUGCCGGCGAAUGAAGUGGAUGCCUUAAUCGCGGAACACGACCGAUUAGAAGCAUUGGCAGAGCAAGCGAAGAAAGAAAAGCAGAAGUCGUAGAUUUUUUUUAUAUUAGAUAAGAGCACGAAUAAACCGACUGCGAUGGCAAAGUUUACUGUAUCAGGAAGAAAUUGAUUAACAUGCAAUUCAAGUGUUUAUAUUAUGUACUGUAAAUUAUUUCCUUGCCGCAAGAGUGAAUCCUUAUGUGACAGCAUUAUCAUUUUCAUUGCAAGACAAUGGUUAUAAUAGGAUUAAAAAAGUUUUUCCACAAAUG